AGUUGUAGUCAUCCGUCCGCGCGCCCGUGUAUUCGUUGCUGCGGCGGGCCGCACCGCAGUGAGAUUUAUUAACUUUCAUUUAUUUUCCGCGAUGGGUGGAUUCACAUGUUGUGUUCCUGGAUGCUUCAACAACAGUUCGAAACGAAAGGGCCUCGGAUUUUACGUGUUCCCGAAAGAGACGAAGCUUCGGCAGCUUUGGCUGCAGCGUAUCAACAGAGCUGGACAGCGUGGCAAGUUCUCAAAGUUCGUGCCCACAACAGGCCACAGAGUUUGCGGCGAACACUUCGAAGGAGGGAAGAAAACGUAUAUGGUUCGGGUACCGACAGUCUUUCCACUUAAGCAAAAAAUUAUAAAGAAGCGUCGACAAAUUCAAGUGAAGCGCACUCUACCUGCCAACCGUGUUGAAGUGCAACAGCCACACAGCGAGGAAACAUCAAAUGAUGAAAACAGCACCGACUUGUGCAGUGCCACUGAGAACACUGCUUGUGAUACAUUCGAAGAACACUCAUAUACAUAUCAUGAGCACAAUGAAAAUGAUCUGCUAAAGAGGCAGCAAGAAUCCAUUCACCAUCUUGAGCAGGAACUAGAAAAAGCUAAAGCAGUAAUUACUGCAUUGAAGAAGGAGUUAGAGGAGAAAACAAAGGCUAAUGCAGAUUCAGCAAGGCUGUAUAACCGCCUUCAGCAAAAGAACAGAUGUUUGGUGCUUGAAAUAUCACGUUUGAGUGGUUGCCUCAGAAAGGCCUCCAAAACAAAAAGAACAGAGUUUGAAUACGAUGUCUUGGCUCAGAACGAAAAGAGACUGCGCUACUAUACUGGAUUCGCAUCACGCCUGCAUUUGGAGGCAUUUUGGUCGCUGUUAGAAGACGACGUGAACAGCCUGCAAUUUUGGAAUAUGAAAGGAACUGCAAAUGAAGACAGAAAGUUUCUGCUGCCGCUCAAGACACAGUUAAUAAUUGUGCUUAUGAGACUUCGGCUGGGACUUGACGGAGCCGACCUUGCAUUCAGGUUUGAUGUGUCGGAGAGCACGGUGUCCCGCCUAUGGGUAACCUGGCUUGACUUCCUACACAACAAGCUACGCCAGGUGCCCACAUGGAUGCCACCAGAUCUGUGUGACAAGUAUCGCCCACAAGCCUUCCUUUCCAAGGGAUUCAACACCGUGGACGGUAUCCUCGACUGCACAGAGAUCUUCAUUGAAACACCGUCAUCUUUUCGCGUUCAAAGUGAGACGUAUUCGUUGUACAAGAAGCACAAUACCGCCAAGGGACUGAUUGUUUGCAGCCCCAACGGAUUUGUGACAUUUGUCUCGGACCUAGCACCUGGCCGUUUGUCGGACAAGGCCUUGACCAAUCACUGUGGAAUCUUAGAUAAAUUCACUCCUGGGCGCAGCAUCAUGGCCGAUAGGGGAUUCACUAUUGCAGAUGAAUGUAAGACACGUUCGUUAGGUCUCAACAUUCCUCCUUUUAUGGGUGGACGGCCGCAGCUGUCAGAAAAAGACGAAGAGGAAACAAGACGAAUCGCAAGCGUGCGAAUACAUGUUGAGAGAGUCAUCAGGAGGGUGAAAACCUUCAGAAUACUAUCACAGAUUUUCCCAAACAGUAUGGCUGAACAACUCAACUAA